UUGAAAAAAUAAUAAGGGUUAUAAAAUCACAAGGACUACUGCUGGGACGGAAAACGAAAAUAAUGGAAAGAAGAAGAGACGAAGGGGAAGGCCCGACUAAUUGUUUUUAUGCCUGAGAAUGGUGCCACGGUUUAACACUUUUAAAUCUUUAACUUUAGAUCUAGAUCUAGAAUCUAGAUCAAGACAUAAUAUAAUAGGAAAAGGCUUUUGAAAUGGACGAGGUUGUCUUAAUAUCAUGGACACAGAAGCUGGUCCUGUAUGAGACAAAAGCGCGAUACUACAUUGUUGGCUCUAACAAAUCAGAGACGAGGUUCAGAGUCUUGAAAAUUGAUCGGACUGAACCCAGGGAAUUGGUCAUUCAUGAUGAUAAGGUGGAGUACAGCCGCAGUGAGAUUAGGAGUGUGCUGUCCAUGAUAGAUGGAGGCAACAAGCCAAAAAAGCAGGGAAACAACUCUACCGGACUCUCCAAAAACAUCUCAGCCUUUGGCAUUGCAGGAUUUGUGCGCUUUCUGGAGGGCUACUACAUGAUCCUGAUCACAAAGAGAAAAAAAGCAGCAGCGAUAGGACCUCAUACUGUCUAUAAGAUAGAAGACACAUCAAUGUUGUACAUUCCCAAUGAUUCCGUCAGAUAUGUACAUCCGGAUGAGAGCAGAUAUGUGAAAAUGUUUCAGAAUGUUGACCUAUCGAGCAACUUCUACUUCAGCUACAGCUAUGAUGUCACACAUACUCUACAGUACAACAUGGCCCGUGUGUUCACAGAAGGGAAGGGAGGUAAUGCCUGCACGUCUGGCAACACUGACAACAUCAGCUGUAAACAGCCACAGCCGAAUCAUUACAGGCACCGAGCAGCCUCCAGGCUGCAUUCGCUGUGGGAAGGAGAAGCAGAGGAAGCAUUCAGCAAAAGCUCUUUCCCAGCAGCUCCCACUGCUAGUGCUACGGACAAAGAAAUGGAGGAACAGACGAUCCCCAUCAGUGAGGUCACCGACAUCAAGCCGUCUCCGGAGAGCUUAACCCUGUCUUCAAUUCCUGAGGCAGAGUUGAAAAAAGAAGAGGUAAAGUGUGGUGUGAAGAAUGCUCCGUGCAGAAAGUUCCUUUGGAACAACCAUCUGCUGCAAGGGUUUGAGAACUGUGUACACUCUGACUGGGUUCUUUACAUCAUUCAUGGCUUUAUUGGCCAGAGCAAUGUUUGUGUGUUUGGUAAGUCCGUGUACCUCACGGUGAUUGGCAGAAGAUCCAACCAGUUUGCAGGGACCAGAUUUCUCAAGCGUGGCACGAACCAGGAGGGGUAUGUAGCCAAUGAAAUUGAAACUGAGCAGAUUGUCCAAGACACAUCGGUAACAUUCCUUGAUCAAGGCAAAGUUUCCUCAUUUGUCCAGCUGCGAGGUUCUGUGCCCCUAUUCUGGUCACAAGAUAUCUCGAAGAUGGUGCCCAAACCUCCAAUAUCGUUGGACCAAAGAGAUCCUUACUCAAGUGCUGCUGGGAUGCACUUCAACCAGCUUCUGUGCCGCUAUGGAGCCCCCAUCAUAGUGCUCAAUUUGGUGAAGACGAGAGAAAACAAAAGACAUGAAAGUAUUUUGAGUGAAGAUUUCAUCAAGACAGUAGACUACCUGAACCAAUUCCUGCCCGCUGAGCACAGCAUCCAGUACAUUGGCUUUGACAUGGCCAGAGUCAAUAAAAGGAAAGAUGCUGAUGUGAUGUUGAGGUUGAAUCGUAUCGCGAGAUACUGCAUGAAACAGACUGGAUUCUUUCUCAGUGUGCCUCCCACCCAGGCCCAAUACCUGCUCAAAGACCCAGAACUGCAGGCUUUGAGAGGUGUGUGGGGUAGCAGGGGCUCCCGGCAGACAGGACUGGUCAGGACUAACUGUGUGGACUGCCUUGACCGCACCAACACAGCACAGUUUGCCAUGGGACGCAGCGCCCUUGCUUAUCAGUUGUAUGCUCUUGGAGUCCUGGAGAAGCCACACUUAGAAUUUGACACAGAUUGUGUGAAGAUGCUGGAGGAGUUGUAUGAGGAUCACGGUGACACCGUCGCUCUUCAGUACGGAGGCAGUCAGCUGGUUCACCGCAUCAAGAGCUACCGCAAGAUUGCCCCAUGGACCUCCCACAGCCGUGAUAUCAUGCAGACGCUGUCUCGAUAUUACAGCAAUGCAUUCUCAGAUGUGGAGAAACAGCAGGCGUUUAAUUUGUUCCUCGGUGUGUUUGUCCCUGUGGAGGGUCAGCCUAACCUGUGGGACCUGCCCACCGACUUCUACCUGCACAACAAAAUCUCCUUAGGACAAAAGUCGGCCAAGAACCACUAUUGCCAGUGGUGGACCUCUGAGGCCUGGAAGAGCUUACCUCUCCCGCAUGAUGAAGUGGCAAAACCUGAGGCCAUCCAUGCAGCAGUCAUCACAGCUCCUCAGACAGACGAGCACGUCAAUGCUUUUUACGAACACUACCGGCCGGCAGAGCUAUCUGCCUUUGACGAGAUGUACCAGAUCUACUUGUCUCAGUGUGGCUGGAAACAUGUUCCGAAGAAUGCAACAGACCCAAGUCCAUUCUGCGUGCGUCAGUUCUACGACCAGUCUCUAGAGAGAGGGCCCCCCACCGCCAAAUUCAAGCAGCGAUUGUUUAGACAAACUCACAGGGCAGAGUCAAACCCCAACAUCUCUGGGAAAGAUUCUACCUCCUCCACUACCUCGUUUGGCUCAGAGGGCAGUUCAGACACAUCGGAGAACUCGGACGGUGAGGGCGGUGUACAGCUCAGUGACUCCUCAACUGACGACAGCUCUGAGGAUGAGGGACGCUACAUUUCUUUCAAGGAUCUAUUUCCUAGUAUGGCUACAGUUUACAACACUGAGAUAACAGAACCCAGCGCCCGGGACCAGAAGAUGUACAAAAGGUAUGUGGACAUUGGCCGUGGUAAGAAAGAGGAAGAAGUGCCGGCGGAUGGGCAGAGUACCGAGUCUCUUAACCGCCCCCUCUCAUCCAGUGGGAAUGGAGACAGCAAAGAGUCCAUGGUGGGCCUGUCGAAACGAUUGCCGCCGGGCGUCGACAUAUUCCCUAUUUCAGCCUUCAAACUGGACAGUUCUUUUUUCGUUGAGCCUCCGCCGGUCAGUCGCCAAGCCCGAGAUAUCUAUGCCGCCUACGUACAACGAGGGCAGUGUGGGGCUGGGCCUGUCUCUGAUGUGGACAGACACGCCUACAUCAAGUACAUCAACAAAAAAUACUUGUAAAUGUCAGCCUGGACUAAGUGCAUGUAUAAAAAAAGUACAUGUAAGUAUGUAAACAAAAAGUUCUCAUAUGUGUCUGCCUGCAUCUGGUAUACCAACAAAAGGCACUUCUAAGUGUCAGUUCAGAUCUAGUUGUACAUCUGUAAAAGUACAUGUCUGUCGUAUAUAUGCACCCUGUAUGUUAAGGAACAGUCCACUGUAUGCAAUACGUCACAGGUCAUCAUCUUUAAUCAGGGGGUUGUUUGCUUGAUAUAAGAGACAGAUGAGUGAUACAAAUAUUGGUAGAAAAAGAAUGAAGAUAUAACUUCACAUAUUGACAUUGCAUAGAAUAAACAAUAACGAUGGAAACAGCCUGAAAGUACUGAGACUGAACGAGCGCUCCGAUUGAAUGCGUUGGUCCUGCCCGCAUGAUCUGUGUUCUAAAGACAACGCACCUUGCUUUGUUUUAUCAGUCACAAAGCUGGAACUUCUCAUAAAAAGCCAGGCAGAACAAGCCUUAAAGAUGUUAACAAUGGGGAAGUACUGAGAUUCCCAAGCAUUAUAUAAUUCCAAUAUGGUGCUGGUAUUACAUAACAUAUUGGGGUUGAAACUUUUAAAGCAUUCAUUUGGAUUUUUUGGAGGGAACUGCACAUUUUGGGGAAACUUUUGUUUCAAAACAUGUCAAUGGUGCUUUUUUGGAACCUUGUUAACUCAAAUUUUUACAGGAGUGAUAAAAAAAACCUCUCUGAAAUGUGAAUGUUAACACUUAGGCAAUCAAAUUUUGUCUUUGUUACGGGCCUUAGAAAAAAUCUUUCAAUGAAGAAUGUGUUUUACCUAAAUGCAUUUUUGUGUGGUCUGAGCUACCAACAAAACAUCCUUUAUUUUGCGGGUUCUCUGCCUCAAUGGCUGCUCUGUUGAACCUCGUUAAGGUGUAAACAAAGUUACAAAAGAGCACACAGGGCUUUAGUUUGCUCUGGACUACCCUCGCUAUCUUUAAUUUGUUUUUAAAUGCACAUGUUUAACAUCCUCUGGGUUGUUUUAUGGCCGGCUUGUGAGUUACUACAUGUUUUGUGUGGGGGAAAAUUUCUUUGUCCCUCAACGCAUCAAGUGAAAUCGAAAAAGGAAAUGAACAAUGGAGGAAGAUAGCAAGGUUCACCGACCCGCAGGGCUCAACCGAUGCUCUGAUGGAACCUCGCUAUUUUGUGUUAGCAAGGCUCAACAGAUCACUCAUGUAUUUGGGCUGGAUCGAGAGGUUCGAGCAAAACUUAAAGUGCGUUUUGAAGAAUUUGUUGUUUGAAUCUAGAUUGAAUAUUUAUACGCUUUGUGUUUCAAGGUAUCAGAAAUUUUUAGGAUUAAAAAACAACCUUUUUGCCAAAAUUUGAGUCAGCAAGGGUUCCAGCAGAGUACCAACAAUGUAUUUUAUAAAACAACAAAUUGCUUUUUUUGUUGGCUAGACCUUUCAUAAAGUGAUCAUUACUACAACUGCUGUCAAAAAAUUAUUUUUUUUUUAGUCUCUUUUGUCAUGUGCAUAAUCUUCAUGUUUGCAAAUGGGGAUAUCAAUGUUUAAAGAAUUCCAAGCUUAUUUAUUUGUAGCUAUUUGUAAAAAUCACUCUUGAAGAAAAAGAGGUUUUGGCCAGACUGUUUUCUUUUAUUUGGAUUUUGGAGUAACUUCUAGUUAAUGAUGACUAUUUCACUCUUUUGGUUGAAGCCAUGUUUUUGUUACUGUUCUGAAAUACAUACUUUUUUGACUCUCUGUUUGUGAGUAGUAAAUAUGUUGAUAUGAUGAGCAUAUUGAUGGCUGAAUGCAAGAAAUGAUGGUAUCCAUGUUUUGUAGAAAUGGAGUAAUUGAAUAUGGAUGGUGAGAUUUUAAGCCAUUCUUUUACCUUUGUAAAUAUCUUAGCUGUAGCUUACUUCGAUAUUGAGAUAUUAAUGUUUCUUUUUUGACUAUGUUAUAGAGAUUUCAAAAUUUCAAACUAAUUUUUCUUGAAAUUGUGUGAAGUGGAUAAAGUCACUUCUUGCACUCAGCCGUCGAUAUGGUUGAUCUUGUGAAAUGUAUUUUACCCAAUACUUCAAGUGCAAUAAGUGGUGCUGUGCAGAUUUUUUGUCCCUUUGAAAUACUCUACCGCAUUCUUUGAGUCAAGCAGGUAUUAUCUGCCAUUUUAUAAAUUUUUUUUUUUUCCCCUUGUUCAGAUAAGAGCAAGUGUGUUGGUUAUUUGUAGAUCUAGGUGUUGUCGUAAAUGUUGUGACUGAUAUUAAAUGGGCAAAGUUAUUGUUUUGAGUAAAUGAAAGAGGCAUCCUAAUUUCAUGUCUUAUGCAAACCCAGAAAAUGGGGAUUUCUUUUCAUGUUUGAAAAUUUGUUGGCACAUUAACACGGUAAAACUAGAAUUGGCUUUGUGUAAGGAAUGCUGUGUUGGGUCAGGUUGGUUUUGGCUUAAUGCUUAGGUCUAUAUAUUAAUAUUGAAGUAUUGGCAAAAUAUAGUUUCUUUUUGCUUCAGUUUCUUUUUGCAUCUUUGUCUCAAAGUCUGUUUGUUGAAUAUCAUAAAUUACUGUCUUGUGUUUUUUUCUUCUUUUUGAUGUGAAAAAUGUGAUUUAGGUAUACGGAUUGUCUCAAAGAAGAGUAAGUUUUCUUUACCCUGCUUCCCCUCACCGGUCUAAAGUCUUCGACAGCUUUGUGUCCUGAGCUCAGCCAGUCUGUGAAAUGUAUCAGUAAUGGCUUUCCUUGUGUUUGUAAGAGUCUUGGUCUGGUUUCAUCCUAAUGAUGUCUGUAAAAUGUGUCUGUUGCUUGUAUCUUCCACCCUCUUUUGUUACUAAACAGUUAGAGCAUGCCGUUCUAGUUUGACCUGCUCUUUCUACUUUUGUUGAGUGGUGGGUGGUCUGGGGAUGCUCUGGUGUUGUUUCCUCCCUCUUUCCCACCAAACAUUCACCAUCCUUAUCACUCCUUUUUUUCUGUUUUUAUUUUACUAUACUUUAUAGUAACCCCUCUAAUCUUCAGCACCUAUAUGACAUAAUUGUCUUGCAAAUCCUGCAAACCUCUUACUAAAUUAAACU